AUGGGUGACAAAAUACAUAGGCUUAAACUUAACAUUGACGAUUUAGUGCGUGACGAUAAACUCGAUCAUGAAGAUAUUUUGUGUGAUGAAGGGGUGCGCUUGGGAUCUUUACUGGUUUCAUCCCAAGGCUUAAGGACGUCUGUGGGCGUCAGUAGUGCAAUGAAUGGUAGCUCUUCUUUUCCACAACAAGCCCUAUCGCUUAUGGAUCUGGUUAUUAUUUCGGACGACAAAGGAGGAUUUCUAGGUCGGGGAAGUAGUGGAACGGUGCAUCGCGCGAUUAACCGCCGCACGGGUGUCGUACUCGCGUUAAAAGAAAUCAAAGUUACUCGACAGGAACAUUUGAGCGAAAUACGGUGUGAGCUCGAGGCGUUGUACUCCGGUGGCCAUCCGUCUUGUAGCCAGUUAGUGGAUUUCUGCAACGCCUUUUCCUACGAAGGGUCAGUCUUUAUUGCGAUGGAGUGUCUGGAUGGGUCUUUAGGUCAAAUAAGAAAACCGGUUCCGGAUUCGGUACUGGCGCACAUCACCAAAAGCGUUUUGCACGGCCUCGCCUACCUCCACCGCACCCGCCACCUCAUCCACCGCGACCUCAAGCCCAGCAACGUUCUUUUUAACCGCACAACCGGGGCGAUAAAGAUAUCCGACUUUGGCCUCAGUUCCAAUCUCGAGUGCACGCGGGGGGACGCGAGUAGUUUUGUGGGGACGGUGACUUAUAUGAGCCCCGAGCGGCUGAAAGGGGAGCCGUAUUCCUACGGCGCAGAUAUUUGGUCUCUCGGGUUGGUGGUCGCGGAGCUGGCCUUGGGGACGUGCCCAUAUGCACACCUUCACGGUGGUAGCAUCGAGGCGCGCUUUUGGACCCUCCUUCAGCACCUCAACAGCGAUGAAGCCGCCCUCGAAUUGCCCCCUGAAAUGGGGUCCUCGCUUGCGGACUUCAUUACAUCCUGCGUGGCCAAGAAUCCGGAAGAGCGCCCGACCUGUGCGAAGCUUCUUCAGCACCCUUUUAUCCUUUCCCACUGCACUUCAUCUGAGAGUGACUCCGAUGAGGAAGACAGGCGGUUAGUCCGCGAAUGGCUUGCCACAUCUUUUCCCAAAUCACGCUCGGUAAAGGGGAAAAAAAAAUCCGAUGGGACUGCCGACCGCAAUUGUUGCGUGUAUUACAGCAACACAAAUCCAUUACAAGAUGAGCAAAUGAAUCUGGUAAAACUACACUCGGUGCCGCGACCAAAUGCAAAAGUUAAAACUGCGUCUUCGCCCAAGCAUGAAGGCCAACAAUAUGGCCCCCCAAUACCUAGCUUAUUUCUUACAUCCUCCACUUCACACGAAGAAUCCACAGAAACUUCAACAUUAGUUAUCAGUCAGACAAUGGAUGGUGAUCACACUAUUAAUUUAGAUGAUGAGUUAAACAGACUUCUUUUGUAA